AGCAUGCUGUUCAGUGUAGAUAGUUUAUCAGCAUUCAGGUCUUUUUCUUUUUGCUUAACAGACUGUUCUGCAAUGUGCUCAGCUCAUUGUCAUGGGAUCAUUUUCCAGGUGAUUCAAACCACAGUAUUUAACAGCAGUCAGUCAGAUACACUGGUACUCAGAACAACGGCUUUUAACAAUAACGUGCUCGACUGAGAAAGAAACCACUAGAGGUCACUGCAGUACAAUGGAUCAAGUAAAAAAAAUAAAUAAAAUACUGUCUUCGUGGAAGUGUGGGCCUGACACUUAAAAAAGCACCGGGAGAAGCAAUGUGAUUUACUAUCAUCAGGCAGGAUACAAGAGUGCUGUAACAAAGAGCAGAAAAAUGAAUGUGUCUAAAAGGAUCAUCAGAAAUCUGGAACCAGCGAGACCACUGUGCCGUCUGAACAUAAAUCAAGUGCCUCAAAGUUAUGCUGAAAUUAAGCCGGUAGAAAAGCCAGACAACAUUAUUAAAGUGGAGCAUUUCUAUGAAAUCCUGCAUCUUCAAAGCACCAGCACCCAACCAAAGAAGAAAGCCGAAAGAAUUUGCUACACUCGGGACUUCCUCAUCAAGUUGGCAAGUUGUGCAGUGGCUAAGAAGAAACCUGAGUUUUUACCAGAACAUCCAAUCGUUUUGGAGAAUGGAAGAACAAAUGAUGUGCCUGAGUACUUCAUCAACAACUACAACAACAAUGAGGACUUGGCUGCUUAACGUGGGGAAUUUCUUAGUCUUUUUUUUUUUUUUAAUUGACCUAAAACUGCACUGCAUGUGGACCAAGUGGAAAGGAUCACAGGUUAAAUUGAUAACUUUUAUGGGUAUGAAGGGUACAAAAACAUUUCAUCUUAAGCUUUUCAAUGAAAACAGAAGUUAUGUAAAGACAAACAUUAAUACAGCUAAGAAAUUGUAAAAACUUCUAACAGGUGUUGCAAUGCUUGUUCCUAACCAGUCCACAGUACAGAGAGUUAAAUGAUACUGACAGCACUGAUGCCUUGAUCCUCGCACAAAAUUCCACAUCCUAAUUUGUCAUGGUAACCUCGUUCUCCUUUCUUGACCAUACACUUUCGUUUUACCUUAUCAAACUCAGGCUUUUGAUCCUUGCCUAAUGUAGGUUGUGUUACUACACUGCUCUAAAACAGUUGUUCUAGAUUCAUGGUCUGUGGUGUUAAAAUUUGGUUUUUGUGGAUAUUUGGUCUUGAAGUGUUUACGAUUGAAGUGCACCUUAAAUUAUAGACUGACUUCUGGCAAGUUCAUAUGCCUGAGUUACACUUUAGAGAGUCAGAUUGGAAAUGUUUUCACUUUGCUUAACUGUAUCAAGAAGACUGGACAUUAUAGAGAGAAUGAGACUGGCAAGCAAAACUCUCAUUAUCAUUUGACAAUUAUUGAGCCUGUGGAUGGGUAAUAAUAAGCUUUUUUUUUUUUAAGUGAAGUUAGGUAUUUUCAUUUUUUGCAAGCAUCACACUUGAAAGUAGAUUUCUUUAUUUAUAUGCAUAUGUCUUAAAUUUAUUUCAUUCAUUGCUGUGAAGUGGAUUGGAGCACCAAAUAAGUGUUUGUCACAGUACUGUAGCCUUUUCAGAAUUAUAUUAUCAUCUUAUUAAAGGUUAUUAGAAAAAAUGUUAAAAUAAUCGACCAAUCUGGGUCUUAUGGAAGGAUUUUUUUUAUUUCCCCUGAUUUGCACAUCUGGGCAGAGGCAAUAUUUGCUUUUUGUAUCACACUGUAAUUUGUCAACUCAUUGUCUCAACUUGAAAUUGGAUUUUAGUCCACUAAAUACA